AUAGAUUUUCUCCCCUCCAUCGUUUUGUACCGCACGGUACCAGUACCAUGAGGUACCAGUCUUCAUCCGGCCGUUCAUUGAGGGGUACGAUGGGGAUGGGAGUAUGCGCGAGGUUCGCUCCGGUGUGGGGUCCCAACGUUUCUAGCUGCGUGCGGCUUCGUUUAGGUCAUCCCCAUCGCAUCUCACGAUACCGUCGCCCACCGCAUCUCACGCUAGCGCCGCCGCACGUGUGUUCAUCUGAGGAGGAGGGCGAGCGCUUCUGUAAUCGUCGCCGUACGGGUGGUGACAUCCUGGUAGCGCCGCGGCCGCAGGAGUCGUCGCCGCCGCCGCUGCAAGGUCCGCCACCGCAGUGGCCGGCGGUGCAGCUGCAAGGGCCGGUGCCAUACGCUUCAAGGUUCGCCGCCGCCGUGGCCGGCGGUGCAGCUGCAAGGCCGGCGCCAUCCUCUGCGCCAUCCGCCGCAGUGGCCAGAGGUUGACCAAUGCGAUACUUUAAUCUGGGUAGACCAAGAUGGCAUCCAAGAGUGCAGAAGACAUUCGAGAAGCUUUGGCUUGCAUUGGAUCAUACUAGCAGGACAAAUCCAACCAGGCGGCAAUAUGAAUGGUCUAACUAUAUUGAUAGAGCGAAAGUUGAGGAAGACAAAAUGAAACUUGAAUUUGAGAUGGCUGCCAGGAUUUCGGCUACCGAAGCAACAUAUAAGAAAAAAAUUUCAAAGCUCAAAAAAGAGGCAGACCACGCUAGAGGUUGGUUCAUGGGUUCCCUAGUUGUUAUUGCAAUUCUUAUGUACAAGAUUUCAGAGUGUAUGUACCACUGUUGACUAUAUUAUGUCUGAGCUGUACUUUGCUACCUGCAAUUUAACAUAUCAAUUUUAACAA